AUGGGCAAAGUUCCUGACGAGCUACCUGAGGAAGAAGGAUGGAAGCUGAACCGCAACAACUACUAUCAAGAAGGCUGGCUGGCGACAGGCAACGUGCGCGGCGUCGUGGGCGUCACAUUCACCUCCUCCCACGCCCGCCGGCCGCAUGAGUUGCCAUUACGUACCAAUUAUAACUUACGUGGACAUCGCUCUGAUGUAAUUCUGGUGAAAUGGAACGAGCCGUAUCAAAAGCUGGCGUCGUGUGACAGUUCCGGAGUUAUAUUCGUUUGGAUAAAAUACGAGGGUCGGUGGAGCAUCGAGUUGAUCAAUGACCGCAGCACACCAGUCACUCAUUUUUCUUGGUCACAUGAUGGAAGGAUGGCCUUAAUAUGCUAUCAGGAUGGUUUCGUGCUUGUUGGAUCAGUGGCCGGCCAGCGAUACUGGUCCUCGAUGCUUUCUUUGGACGCGCGUAUUACUUGUGGAUGCUGGACUCCAGAUGACAGCCAGGUAUACCUUGGAACAGCAUCAGCUCAGCUUGUCGUUAUGGAUGUACAUGGGGCCAUGGUUUCGCAGGUGCAACUGGUGGCAGAGGGUGGGAUAACAUCAAUGGCGUGGUCUUGCGAGAAGUUCAAAAUGGAGGAGGGAGAGGAGAACGGUGAGACUAACGGCGGUCACGUUUUAGCGGUCGCCCUGGGCAACGGAGAGAUUGUGCUUCUGCGUGGACACGACGACGUGAGCCCUGUACGAGUACACACUGGCCUGAGGGGCAACACUCUGGCGAUGGAAUGGGCUAAUUCAAGAGAACUUCUUGCUGUCGCUGGGACCUUAAUCGCUGAGCCAAAUGAACCGGAGGACGCACCGCCGUAUAAAAACGUCGUAAAGUUUUAUUCGGACACCGGCGCACUUAUUUACACCGUCCCCAUUCCGUAUACCCAAGCUCGUGUGACUGCGUUAACAUGGGGUCACGCAGCUCGCCGUCUCUUCGUGGGCGCGGGCGGUGCCGUGUGCACAGCGCGAGUGUGGCGAGUGGUCGCUCCUCUGCAACUCCUGGCGCGAGUGCGAGCGGCUGCAGCCCUGAGACAUCCCAGACUAGCCGCAAAAUUACCUCUACCACCUCGCUUACAACCGGCUUUAGCGAGCCUCUUCGCACAUACUAUACGGUGUAAUGUCCCAGAAGCAAACGAACUGCGACGUUUUGUGUCGCGUCCGCCAGCCGCUGGGGGCCGACUCCAUUGUACUAUGUUGCGACACGACGACGAGGAAGCGGGAGCCUACACAUUGUACUUAGAACAUCUCGGUGGAUUAGUGCCUUUGCUUAAAGGACGGAGAACCAGCAAAAUAAGACCAGAAUUUGUCAUUUUUGAUCCACAAGCAGAAGAUUGUAUUGCAGAAGGAGUCACGAGCAUAGUAAGAGAGUCCAGCAGCAGCAGCAGCGGGGCGGGGAGCACCUCCAGCAGCGGCAGCGGCGGCAGCGUGGGCGGCGGCAUCUCGUCCCCGCGGCCGCCGCGCACGCCGCGCGCGCCGCGCCGCCCGCCGCGCCCGCCGCCGCGCCAGCCGCCGCCUCACGACGACUCGUGCUCUUCUGACACCGAAAGAGAGGAAGGAUGUUCGGGAUCUCCAAGAUUACAAAGACGUAGGCGAGCUCGUGAAAGACGAAAAACACGUAACUCUACUGACAAAGAUGAAACUCCUGAUGAGCUAGCUUAUAUAGAUUCGUUGCCGGAGGAUGUGCGAUUAGUUGAAGUCACAUCUAAUAUUUGGGGAACAAAGUUCAAAAUGCACGGAUUGGCGAAAAACGUACCAGCGAAUCUUGGACAAGUGACUUACAAAACUUCUUUAUUACAUCUUCAACCGCGACAAAUGACUCUGACGAUCACAGAGCUCCGAGACGAUUAUCCAGUCGGUCCAGAUCCUAAUUUUAAUCCAAACAUCUUUUCCGAAGACGAGGAAGAAGUAUUCCAACCUAGUGAAGCUGAUUCUCCAUCACAUAUGAACAAUAAUAUAAGAAAAAAAUUUAAUCCAGCCAUCGCGACCGACAGAAUGACCAAUACGAAUAAUAUAAUAAAUAGUUCCGAAAUAUAUUCACCAAAUAAUAAUUCUAAUCCAGCAUUAGCGAGAGCAGAAUCUUACGAUGAGUUUCCAUAUAUUGACACCAGUGAUAUGAACAAUAUGUCAGAAAAUGUUUAUAACGCAAACUCUAUACGGCAUCCGACACAAAAUUCCGAAAGGCGUGUUAGCAAUACAGCUGCUGUGUCAAAUCGACAUGCAAUAUCUCCAUUAAGAUGUGAAAGCUCUGUUCCUACUCUACAGUCUCCAAAGAAUGCCGUAGCCCCUACGGAUAUCAUAUUUGAGAGACCGUCGCCGCAGACGGUCACGUGUGGUGGAAGAGGAGAUUUUUGUGGCGGCCGGACUGAUUAUAGUGUAAGAGAUAAUGUAUCAUUAAAAGGAAAUCUGUCCAAUAUUGAUCAACAGUUCAGUUUAAAUCUUAGUUUAGAGCCUAGCAGACAAGUUACUAUUAAAAAAUGCGAUAAUCACGUUUCCGAUAACUGUCUUUCUAAAUUGCGAAAAAAUAUUUGUAGCCGAGGUGAAUCCUCUUUUGAGAUGAAUACGAGGAUACUAAAAUCGUUAUGUAAUAAAAAUUAUGAGCAUGAAGUGCAUCCAGAUGCUAUGAACAAACGCGGCGAGACGUUAAAAAAUUUACAGAAAAGCGAAGAUCUCAAAUAUAUUGACGAGGAGACUCCGGUGGAUACAAAUAUAAGUAAUUUAACAGACAAAGUUCGUGAGGGGAGAGUACAGAGAACAACUACAGUGGUUCCUAUAAGCCCCGUGUGCGCGAAUAUACCGGUGUAUGACACAAUGACACGGAGUUGCAGCGUUGGGUAUUUGGAUCUCGUUGAUCCACAAGUUUUACACGCACAAGUUAGUUUAUCUGCUCUGCGCGGAGAAACACCUCGACGUCUUAUAUUAGUCAAUAACAAGAGACAGCGACGUCCAAAGCGUUAUUUUAAGAGUAAUGACAUUAAACAGUUGGAUAACUUUAAAACUCCAAGCUUAAGAAAGUGCGGCAAAUCGAAAAGUUUAGAUUCAGGAGAAUUGUCCAUAACUGCGGAAAAGGGUAAGAGACAGACUAAAGCGGAACUCAACGAGAAGCAGGAUAAUGAUGCAUAUUCGAGCAGUCGUUGUAACAGCACAGGUGAUGAUAAUAGCGGAAAUAGUACAGAGGAAGGGCGAGGCCGAAGGCCCAGACGGGAUCACCCCGUAUGUUCAACGUGUAGGCUAAUAGUGCCCUGUGAGCGUCGAGAAACUGAUGCUGCAUACGUGUGCGCGGUGUGCCUGGCGUGCGCGUCCCCCACGCCCCGCGCCCCUCCCGCGCCUGUGACCGACAGCGAUUCCGACUACAGCAAGUAUUAUAGUUCAUUGGAGCAAUUGGCCUUACGAUUACUGGCAUCCCGUUCGUCGAAGAAGACUGCGUUCGGCGCGGGCGGCGGCGAAGGCGCGGCGGGCGGCGGCGCGGCGCGCGAGAGCAGCUCCGCGCCGGCGUCGCCGCGGCCGGCGCGCUCGUCCGCGCCCGCGCCCGGCUCGCCCGCGCCGCGCGCCUCGCGCCGGCAGCGGUACUCCUCUGCCUCGCCUAUUAGACAAUUGUUAAAUUCGCCUCUAUUAAAUCGGAGAAGGAACAAAAAGCUGUCUGAGAGUUCUGAUGAUGAAUAUUCGAAUGGAUAUAAUGAAGUUAACAGCAAAAAUUACAGGGAUCUUGAAAGUUUUCAAAAAGCUCAACUUAGAAAUAAGAUUAAACGCGCUGGGGGUAGCUUAAACACUGCAACAUCAUCAAAUGCGCCUGAAAACCGCAGUACCCGUCGCCAACUCGUAAUGCACAACAAAGCGCCGAUGUGGAACGAGAACAGCCAGGUCUAUCAACUGGACUUCGGCGGACGAGUCACUCAGGAAUCUGCUAAGAAUUUCCAGAUUGAAUAUCACGGCAAGCAGGUAAUGCAGUUCGGGCGAAUCGACGGCAACGCUUACACGCUAGACUUCCAGUACCCAUUCUCAGCUCUGCAGGCCUUCGCCGUCGCGCUCGCGAACGUGACGCAAAGACUCAAA